UUGACAUUCUCCUCACUUCUCAUUUCCUUUUUGCUCUUCAUUUCCUUUUUCAUCCUCUUCCUCUUCUUCUUCAGACAUUUCUCUCAUCCCUUUACACUUCUCCCAUUUCCUUUUGCUCUUCCUCUUCUUCAGACAUUCUCCUCAUCCUCUUUACACUUCUCCCAUUUCCUUUUUGCUUUUCCUCUUCUUUUGACAUUCUCCUCAUCCUUCUCCCUUUCCUUCAGACAUUUUCCUCUACCUUCACCUGUUUCCUUUUGCUCCUCUUCUCCUCAUCCUCUUUUACAUUCUCCUCUUCCUCUUCUUCAGACAUUCUCCUCUCCUCUUCACACUUUCCAUUUCCUUUUUGCUCUUCCUCUUCUUCAGACAUUCUCUCAUCCUCUUCACACUUCUCUCAUUUCCUUUUGCUCUUCCUCUUCUUCAGACAUUCUCCUCAUCCUCUUCACACUUCUCCCAUUUCCUUUUUGCUCUUCCUCUUCUUCAGACAUUCUCCUCAUCCUCUUUCCUCUUUCAGACAUUCUCCCAUUUCCUCUUUUCCUAUUUCUUCCUCUUCUUCAGACAUUUCCUUUUGCUCUUCUUCUUCAGACAUUCUCUUCUUCAGACAUUUUCUAUUUUCAUCCUCUUCUUCAGACAUUCUCCAUUUCCUUUUGCUCUUCCUCUUCUUCUCCCAUUCUCCUUCUCCUCAUUUACCCUUCUUCAUUUCUUUUGCUCUUCCUCUUCUUCAGACAUUCUCCUCAUCCUCCACUUCUUCUCCAUUUCCUUUUUGCUCUUCCUCUUCUUCAGACAUUCUCCUCAUCCUCUUCACACUUCUCUCAUUUCCUUAUUUGCUCUUCCUCUUCUUCAGACAUUCUCUCAUCCUCUUUCUUCUCCCAUUUCCUUUUUGCUCUUCCUCUUCUUCAGACAUUCUCCUCAUCCUCUUUACCUUCUCCUCAUUUCCUUUUUGCUCUUCCUCUUCUUCAGACAUUCUCCUCAUCCUCUUCACACUUCUCCCAUUUCCUUUUUGCUCUUCCUCUUCUUCAGACAUUCUCCUCAUCCUCUUCACACUUCUCCCAUUUCCUUUUUGCUCUUCCUCUUCUUCAGACAUUCUCCUCAUCCUCUUCACACUUCUCCCAUUUCCUAUUUGCUCUUCCUCUUCUUCAGACAUUCUCCUCAUCCUCUUUACACUUCUCCCAUUUCCUUUUUGCUCUUCCUCUUCUUCAGACAUUCUCCUCAUCCUCUUUACACUUCUCCCAUUUCCUUUUUGCUCUUCCUCUUCUUCAGACAUUCUCCUCAUCCUCUUCACACUUCUCCCAUUUCCUUUUUGCUCUUCCUCUUCUUCAGACAUUCUCCUCAUCCUCUUCACACUUCUCUCCCUUUUCCUCUUUGCUCUUCCUCUUCUUCAGACAUUCUUCUCAUCCUCUUUUCAGACAUUCUCCUUCUCCCAUUUCCUUUUUCCUUUUUCAGACUUCUUCCUCUUCUUCAGACAUUCUCCUCAUCCUCUUCACACUUCUCCCAUUUCCUUUUUGCUCUUCCUCUUCUUCAGACAUUCUCCUCAUUCUCUUCUCAUCCUCUUUCUUCAGACAUUUCUCCUCUCUCAUUUCCUUUUUGCUCUUCCUCUUCUUCAGACAUUUCCUCAUCCUCUUCACCUUCUCCCAUUUCCUUUUGCUCUUCCUCUUCUUCAGACAUUCUCUCAUCCUCUUCACACUUCUCCCAUUUCCUUUUGCUCUUCCUCUUCUUCAGACAUUCUCCUCAGACACUUCUCUCUUCCUCUUCAUCAGACAUUCUCCUCAUCCUCUUCACACUUCUCCCAUUUCCUUUUUGCUCUUCCUCUUCUUCAGACAUUCUCCUUCCUCCUUCUCCCAUUUCCUUUUGCUCUUCCUCUUCUUCAGACAUUCUCCUCAUCUUUACACUUCUCCCAUUUCCUUUUUGCUCUUCCUCUUCUUCAGACAUUCUCCUCAUCCUCUUCUUCUCCCAUUUCCUUUUGCUCUUCCUCUUCUUCAGACAUUCUUCUCCUCUUACACUUCUCCAUUUCCUUUUUGCUCUUCCUCUUCUUCAGACAUUCUCCUCCUCCUCUUCACCCUUCUCCCAUUUCCUUUUGCUCUUCCUCUUCUUCAGACAUUCCUCCUCAUCCUAACACUUCUCCCAUUUCCUUUUGCUCUUCCUCUUCUUCAGACAUUCUCCCAUCCUCUUCACACUUCUCCCAUUUCUUUUUGCUCUUCCUCUUCUUCAGACAUUCUCCUCAUCCUCUUUACACUUCUCUCUUCAUCAGAUAUUUUUCCCUUUUUGCUCUUCCUCUUCUUGACAUUCUCCUCAUCCUCUUCACUUCUCCCAUUUCCUUUUGCUCUUCCAUUUUCAUUUCCUUUUGCUCUUCCUCAGACAUUCUCCUCAUCCUCUUCCUCAUUCUCCUUCUUCCAUUUCCUCUUCUUCCAUUUCCUGCUUUACACUUCCCUUCCUUUUGCUCUUCCUCUUCUUCAGACAUUCUCCUCAUCCUCUUCACACUUCUCCCAUUUUCCUUUUUUGCUCUUCCUCUUCUUCAGACAUUCUCCUCAUCCUCAUUUCUACCUUCUUCCCAUUUCCCUUUUGCUCUUCCUCUUCUUCAGACAUUCUCCUCAUCCUCUUUACACUUCUCCCAUUUCCUUUUGCUCUUCCUCUUCUUCAGACAUUCUCCUCAUCCUCUUUACACUUCUCCCAUUUCCUUUUUGCUCUUCCUCUUCUUCAGACAUUCUCCUCAUCCUCUUUCUUCUCCCAUUUCCUUUUGCUCUUCCUCUUCUUCAGACAUUCUUCUCCUCUCCUUACACUUCUCUCAUUUCCUUUUUUUGCUCUUCCUCUUCUUCAGACAUUCUCCUCAUCCUUCUUCAUUUCCUUUUCUCUUCCUCUUCUUCAGACAUUCUUCAUCCUCUUCACACUUCUCAUUUCCAUUUCUUCUUUUCCUAA